AUUCGCUUAAGAACUACAACUCCCAGAGGCAUUGCGGCACGGCUAGUUUGCGCCUCGAAAUCCCAGAGGCCUUUGCCGACAACCGGAAACGCGAGAGAAAAAGAGGGGGGAGGAAAUAAGAUGGAGUUGGUCUCGAUCAAAGAGGAGGCUUCCGAACCAGAACCCGCGUCCGUGAAAGCGGGAGACUCGGAGGAGAUCGAGGUCACAAGAAGCGAAAAAGAGCCCCACCUCUCUGCCGCGGCCUCCCACCGCUGCCCCGAAUGCGGACGGACCUUCGCUCACUCCGGGCACCUCAAAACCCACCGGCGCGUCCACACGGGAGAGAAACCCUAUCGCUGCAGCGAGUGCGGGAAGAUAUUCACCCAGCUGGGGAACCUCAAAGAACACUGGAGAAUCCACACCGGGGAGACCCCUUACCAGUGCCCGGACUGCGAGAAGAGCUUUGCUCACUAUGGGAGCCUGCGAACCCACCGGCGCGUCCACACGGGAGAGAAACCGUACCCCUGCGGGGCGUGCGAGAAGAGGUUCGGACAGCUGGAGCACCUCCGGAACCACCUCCGCGUCCACACAGGGGAGAAACCGUUCCGCUGCUCCGACUGCGGGAAGAGUUUCAGCCAGGGGGAGCACCUGAAGAAGCACCGACGCACUCACACGGGGGAGAAGCCGUUCCAGUGUGGGGCGUGCGGGCAGAGCUUCAGCCAGCUGGAGAAUCUGAGGAAGCAUCAGCCCACCCACACCGGGGAGAAGCCUCAUCAGUGUGAGAGGUGCGGGAAGUGUUUCACCAGAGCCGGGACCCUGAGCCAGCACCGGAGGCUUCACACAGGAGAGAAGCCGUAUCGCUGCGGCCGCUGCGGGGGAGGGUUCACCUUCUCCAGCCAGCUAAAAGCUCACCGCUGCCAGCCGGAAACUGACACCUAGUAGAGGCAAAAUGUGUUAUGGUGGUCCAGCGGUUAGAGACAGGGUCUUGUUACCAGGAGGUUCAAAUCACCCGGCUCAGCCACUGACUCCUUCUGUGUGUGUGUGUGUGACCCUGAGCAAGUCACUGAACCUCCUUGUGCUCCGUCCUUCGGAUGAGACGUCAAACAAACAAGCUCUUAUUGGAAGCGACUCUGCACCCUAUAGAAUGAACUCCCUCAGCUUCAUAGAGUCCAAUGAAAGCUGUUGAAUAAUGUUCCCUUGUUAACAUAUUGAAUUCCACCCCCUCUAUAUAGAAUGAACUCCCUCAGCUUCAUAGAGUCCAAUGAAAGCUGCUGAAUAAUGUUCCCUUGUUAACAUAUUGAAUUCCACCCCCUCUAUAUAGAAUGAACUCCCUCAGCUUCAUAGAGUCCAAUGAAAGCUGCUGAAUAAUGUUCCCUUGUUAACAUAUUGAAUUCCACCCCCUCUAUAUAGAAUGAACUCCCUCAGCUUCAUAGAGUCCAAUGAAAGCUGCUGAAUAAUGUUCCCUUGUUAACAUAUUGAAUUCCACCCCCUCUAUAUAGAAUGAACUCCCUCAGCUUCAUAGAGUCCAAUGAAAGCUGCUGAAUAAUGUUCCCUUGUUAACAUAUUGAAUUCCACCCCCUCUAUAUAGAAUGAACUCCCUCAGCUUCAUAGAGUCCAAUGAAAGCUGCUGAAUAAUGUUCCCUUGUUAACAUAUUGAAUUCCACCCCCUCUAUAUAGAAUGAACUCCCUCAGCUUCAUAGAGUCCAAUGAAAGCUGCUGAAUAAUGUUCCCUUGUUAACAUAUUGAAUUCCACCCCCUCUAUAUAGAAUGAACUCCCUCAGCUUCAUAGAGUCCAAUGAAAGCUGCUGAAUAAUGUUCCCUUGUUAACAUAUUGAAUUCCACCCCCUCUAUAUAGAAUGAACUCCCUCAGCUUCAUAGAGUCCAAUGAAAGCUGCUGAAUAAUGUUCCCUUGUUAACAUAUUGAAUUCCACCCCCUCUAUAUAGAAUGAACUCCCUCAGCUUCAUAGAGUCCAAUGAAAGCUGCUGAAUAAUGUUCCCUUGUUAACAUAUUGAAUUCCACCCCCUCUAUAUAGAAUGAACUCCCUCAGCUUCAUAGAGUCCAAUGAAAGCUGCUGAAUAAUGUUCCCUUGUUAACAUAUUGAAUUCCACCCCCUCUAUAUAGAAUGAACUCCCUCAGCUUCAUAGAGUCCAAUGAAAGCUGCUGAAUAAUGUUCCCUUGUUAACAUAUUGAAUUCCACCCCCUCUAUAUAGAAUGAACUCCCUCAGCUUCAUAGAGUCCAAUGAAAGCUGCUGAAUAAUGUUCCCUUGUUAACAUAUUGAAUUCCACACCCAGGGCUUUGUAUAGUUUUCCAUCUAAAUGAACAAAUGUUCCGAAAUCUAACAUGAAAGUCUACUGUAGACCCUUGCGAUAUUAUUACACGAUGUUAAAUAAAAUAUCUGAAUGAUGUGCA